CAAUUACAAUAGGCGUUUUGAACAGGCUGGUCUGGUUUCAGGUCGCAGCCAAGUGACGGACAUUCGGUAAUGUACUUACCAUACUGACACAUACACGCAGCAACAGCGUAACACUCGGUAGGGAACGGCCGUAUCAUAUGUGUAUGAUACAAUACUCUACAGUCAGGUCAUCCAGGCACCUCGCUGGCCUUUGGUUCCUCAGGCAGGCAGGCAGCGUCAUCGGAUUUGGAGAGCUCCUCAGGCUCACUCGUACCUACUAAGGCAGGUCAUCCUUCUGCCUCGUCUUCCCUCGUGCACCUCUUCCUCCUCUCUCUCCCCUGCCUCACCCCGGUCCCGACCAUCUGCAAGAUGCGAAUUCGCUAUCCUUUUGCAGGCGCCUUCAUCUUCCUCUUCUUCCUAGCCGGCUACAUCGGUCUCCUCCCGCACAGCGAAAACCCCAGCAUCCCCGCCCAAUACCAUCCCAAUGACAAGCUCCUCCACACCGUUACCUUCUUCCUCCUCUCGCUAGUCUUCUACUGGAUCCCAGACACCACCCGACGCCGCACCCUGCACCUGACGCUCCUCGUCUGCACCCUCGGUCUAGGCAUCGGCUCCGAGAUCGUCCAAGGCGCCCUCCCCAUCGGCCGCGACUUCGAUCCAUUCGAUCUCCUCGCCAACCUCGUCGGCAGUCUCGGCGCAGUCGGCCUCUGCAGCUGGUAUCACCGGCGCAUGCUCGAGCGGCGACGCAAGGCCCGCUUCGGCGCCUACGGUGAUGGCGCCGCGGACGAUGUCGAGCUCGGCGUUCCCCACGGCGACGACGACGAAGAGCACCUAGGCCCGCAGGAAACAGGCGUGACUACCCUCGAGCGCGAAGUCGACAAUUGGGACGAGAACGCCGUCGAUAACUGGGAUGACGCCGAUGAUGAGCCUGACCGUGCUGCCUCCGCUUCUUCCAAGAGAACUUCACCGCCGGCUUAUACGCCUUCCCCGGGUGUGGCAUCACCGGGUUCUCAUGGCGAGGAGGCGGAAGGAAAGAGGAACGAUUAA